UCUCCCAUCUUCUGGCUAUGCCCUAGGCACUGCAGCCUGUCUGAUAUUCAGAAAUUCAAGAAAACAGAUGUCGUGCCACGUCAAUAAUUUUCGGCUAUAAAAUGUCGCAGACUGCUGUUCCCACCCUUGGCCAGAGCCCCUCUGUGCUUUCACUAUCUUACAUUUCACCAAAACAUCAAUGGCUGACUCAAACCUUCAUGAAAAUUCUUCUGAUACUGAUGAAUUUACGGGUUUUGGUAGAGGAAGUAACUUGAGAUUCUUCGCGGGUCUGGUGAAACCGUGGCUACUCCAUGGAGCUGACAAAGUGUUAAUGUCUCAAAAUUCUAGUAGACCACUGUUCCAGCUUGAUUCUGAGCCUUGCAAAGUUUACGACAAAUAUUCCUCUCAUAAGAAUGCCAAGAAGGUAUCUCUAGAAUCCGAAAAGGCUAUGCUUCAGUUCAGUUCAAAGCAAGCAAAUGGUAUACCUGACUGUAACAUUGAUGAUUAUGUCGAUGUCUCUAAGGUGGUGAAUAGUCCUUCAGGCGGAUAUCAAGAAUUCCCUUUGAACACUUUGAUCUUCUUGGCCGUGAUCAUUGUCAGAAUGAUCGGCUUUCAGAUCAAUCUUUUCCUGGGAUUCUUCAUGUUUCCCAUCCGACUCUCAUACUUGUCUGUUAUGUUAAUGAUGUUUCCAUUUCAAACCGUGGCACGGAUCAGAAACUAUGCAGUGAAAAUGCUCGUUGGUGUCUGGGUCGGAUUCUAUAUGAAUCUCACAUCUUUCAUGUACAAGAAGAUCAAGGCACAAAAAGCUGUAGUGAAUCUGGCAGUAAGGUUCACCUGGGCGAUUUUCUGGAUGAUCUAUGUUUGCUUCUUGUUGGUUGGACUUCUGGCUUCGAGUUUCAUCAUAGGCGGUCUGACAAUGAGACGCGUAGUUGAAGAGCCUAUCCAGACAACACAAGCCUUAAACUUCGACUACACCAGAGCUAGUCCUGUUGCUUUCAUGCCACUCAUGUCCUCUAAUGGAGUUCCCCAAUCAUCUGGUAUGAUCUCUAAGGAAAGCACGGCAGUGGGAAAGGGCGACAAGCGUGCAAUUCCCUACAAUCACAAACUCCAGCUCACCGUCUCUUUGAGCCUUCCUGAAUCAGAAUACAACAGGAAACUUGGUAUCUUUCAGGUUAAAGCGGAGUUUCUAUCUGCUACUGGUAAAGUAACAGCAAGUUCAAGCUACCCAAGUAUGCUGAAAUUCAAAAGCCAGUCUGUCCGGUUUGCUGAGACCAUAUUCAAGACCAUUCCUCUGGUUGCAGGGUUUCAAUCAGAAUCGCAGACUCUGGAGGUUAAAUUCUCCGAUUUCACAGAAGGGAUCGAACCAACUGCCUGUUUACGCGUGAUCCUUGAACAGAGAGCCGAACAGCAGCACGGCGCAGGAAUACCAGAAAUAUACUCUGCAUCGGUCUCUCUCGAGUCUGAGCUGCCACAGGUCAAGAAGAUUAUCUGGUGCUGGAGAAGAACAAUCUUUGUGUGGAUCAGCAUAAUGACAUUCCUGAUGGAGCUGGCUGCAAUUUUAUUAUUUUGUAGACCUUUGAUUCUCCUUCACCAGAGAAAGGAAAAAUCACUGGUUAUUAAGAGCCAUAAACAGAAUAUGAAACCGAAGAAGAUAUCCUGGUAAAAAAUGUUAAGAUUUAAACAAGUUGAAUAAAUCCGAGUUCACGCAUCAAUCCUGUCCCAGAAAUAAAUUUUCAAUCUUUUCCGGAAA